AUGAGCUGCCCAGUCCAUCGCAAAUAUCCGCUACGUCAGCCAAAGAACUACAAGCCUCCAGUGCCUCGCUGGCAGCUCCACCUCCCACCCGGAAUCGACCGCGUCUACACCAUCUACGUUGGCGUCCAGCAACACGCAUGUGAUGCAGCGACCCAAGCCGUCGCCUCAAAAGCCAAAGACUCCAUCGCCUACUGGAUUACCACGGCCGCCCAGCCCUCCGCCUACGAAACCUUCAGCUUCGUCGAAGGCGACGACGAGCCCCGCUCCGACAUUUGGGUAUGCUACUUCACCGACCGCGCCGCCUACGAGCAGAGCGCGUGUGACCUCAGCCUGCGCACUCUCCACGCAUCCCUGGACACCUCGGGCGCGGGCGCCAACAAGAAUGUCGGCCUGUGGUGCGAGCGCUUCUCCACCGCGGCGUCGCGCCUCGAGACGAACUACUCGGGCCUCGACUACCUGCCGGGCCUCGCCCGCAUCCCCGACACGGCCGCCGUCGAGCACACCUACUCGGCGUACUGGGGCGCCGCGAGAGAUCGCAUCCCGGACUCGGCGCACGAUUUGUUUCCUCGGCCGCCGUCUUCUCCCUCUUCCGACGAUGAUGGCAAUGGUGACCAGAGGGAGCAGACGACGACGACGACGACGAUUCCCCCCUCAGGGCGGGGGCAGCGGCUCGUCGGGACGAACUACGAGAACAUGGUGCACAUCCGCUCCGGCCAGUUCUGGAAGGGCUGCGACGAGGGCGAGGCCCGGGCGUACGAGGACGUGCUUGAGCCGGCGUUGAUGACGGGGCUGCGGUACCUCUGGGCGAAUGCGGCCGACACCGGGACGGUUGGGCUGAGGUUCGUGCGGAACGCGGGUGGUGAUGGUGAUGAUGAUGGCCGGGCGAGACAGGAGACGUGCGCGGCUGGCUUCUUUAGGAGCCUGGGAGACUUGGAGAACUGGGCUGAGAGGCAUCCGUCGCACAAGGCGAUAUAUUUGGGCGCCAUCAAGCACGCGAAGACGUUUGGACCGGAGCGGAAGAUGAGGACGUGGCAUGAGGUCUCCGUCUUGAAGGCUGGCGAGGCGCAGUUCGAGUACGUCAAUUGCACGCCGAAGACUGGGGUGAUUGGGUCUGUGGGUUUGCAUGUGGAAGAGCUGUAG